CUCUUUUGUGCAUAGCAGCUCAGCGCCCUUUAGUCGCAUGUGCAUCAAUCCUCAUGCCACUCGUCCGUGGUAUGUCUCUCAUUAUCGUUUGUUCAUUUCCGAUGGGCCUACUCGAGCCCACCGCUCACCAUGUCUACGGCGCCACUAGUGUUAGGAUCAAUCUUCCUGGUUCCGCUCCUUCAUUCUCCAUUUUCUCGUCUUGCGGCCGAGAGGCCGCCUUUUUAUAGUUUAUCUUUAUUUGAUCACUCCCCGCAAAUUCCAGUGCACUUCGCUGCGAUACUGCUCCCAUUCCUUCCCUUGACCCUCUUGGGCCACGCUGAUAACUCGGUGAUCUGUAAUAACAUUGAUUUGCUCGGUCACAAAUCUUCCGCUCGUUUUCGCUGUUGUGCAUACUCAACGUUCGCCGCCCUGCAAUACUUUUUUUUCGCUAUUAUGAACUGUAUGUCACGCAUUCUAUGAUGAGUGGCAUGCCCAAUUGUACCAUCGUGAGCCACGCGCUCAGCUCUACCACAGUGAUCAAUAUGUUCGUAUCCCCACUGUUGUGGACCCCGUGCUCAUCCGCGUCACGCUUUACCUUUCUGGACAGUAUUACUCGACCUCGCCCCUUUAUCUGUCGCACUGUCAUUAUCGUUCGGUUGCUCGUGACAUCCUGCACAUGCUUGCUGGAGGUAGUCUAGCUUCUACAGUGAGGAAUCCAGAUCAAGUCUAGAUCACCUACAUAUUGCAAUGAGGCCAAAGCUGGAACGCAGGUAUACGCUCCUGAUAUUACUGCAGGUCUCAAUCUCGAUUCUCCCCCCCCCCCCCCCGCUUAAGUACUACAAAGUGC